AUGAAGACAUUUAUGCAAACUACGGCAGUAACAUUGCUACAAGCUGGCCUUUGCAUGGGCCUUCUUGGUGUACCUAUAGACUACCCAGAAGGCUGUCCGAUCGCCACUAUCCCAGCAACAUGCCCUCUCAUCGACCUUAAGCACUGUGGCCCUCACCCAAAUUGCGAGCUGCUCAAGAUUGUUACGAAGCCUUGUGAUUGCCCGGCUGCCACGCCGACGGUGUUGGCGCCAUGUCCAACUUGUCAGAGGGGUUGUGGGACGAUUUAUAGGACGGUGACUGCUGAAUGUACACAGACUGCGGCUUAA